CUAAAAAAAGCUAUCGCAUGUGCAAAGAUUUCUAUGGUUGAACCAACAAGGUAUAUAUUUUUGCAGGCCAGGAAUGGAUAAACCAACCAGCCGACACGAUAAAUAACGAAAGAAAAACCUUCGAAAAACACCCUCUCGAGACAAAGACGAGCGUUCAACACACUCGCAGGUUGUAGGCACUAGCGACGGGUAACUGUUGGGAAGGGAUAACCGAUAAAUCUAGAGUAGGUGGAACCCGCAGACGUCACUGCACACGCGACUCCCGAGGGCGACCGAACGUGUCAGGCAGAUAAGACAACAAGACAACGGCUUGUGAACGACAAUACAUACACAGCUAAAAGACGACCAAAAAGCGAAUAAGCACAACGAAAGACCCUGAGCCCAGAAAAAACCCCAAUAAGUGAGGCAGAGCUAUUCAACAAGCACACACCGCUCCCAGAGAAACCAACACAAUGGCACCAGGACACCCCAAGCCGCCGUCGCGCGCACCACUCGUUAUUGCCGCCUUUGGAGGCGCUGCAGCUAUCUUUGUCGGCCUGAAAUGGCGCGCCGUGUUCGCCCGCAGCGAGGCGGCUAAGGAGCGCAGCGGGGCAGGAGGGGGGAAUGUGUAUACAGUCCACACGGGACGUAGUGGUGGAGGGAUCUAAAGAGUUGGGACAGUGGAGGUGGCUGUUGUGAAUAUAUGUAUCGGAUGCAUGGACUGCGCGGGGAGAAUACCAGUGAGAGGCAGGCGUGCUGCGAAGAUGACACGGGAAGUGGGAUGGAAUAGUAUAUUAGCUGAGUAGUCUAUAAUGGCAUCUCUUCUCAUAACUCCACAGCAUUCUGAUGUCUCCGCGUCCAGCUUCUCUACCCCGUUAGGACUCGUUAUGUCAAUAACAUGGAAGCGCAUAUGCGAUACUUCCGGCAUUCCGUGCUGCCAGCCACAACUGUAUGAAGCUUCCGG